UCGGAGGGCGGACAGCGAGCAGUUUCAUGGUAGAUGUGCCUCUGCGACUCUUAACAAGGCUGGAAGUAUCGGUCCGAUUCCUGAGAAUGGAGUGGUAUGUCCUGGUGCUGAUGCUGAGCUUGCCGCCCUGCAUCCACACAGAUUGUUCUUCACAGUGUCAGAAAUGCGCGCAGCAAAUCCUUAGCCCCGAUGAAGCUUACAGCAGCCUGUCGUGCAGCGCCGAGUGUGAGGGCCAGCUGGAGAGCUGCAGCCAGGCUCCGCGGUUGGCCGACUUCAGCCAGGAUGAGGCUGCUGCUGCGGAGGAGAGCCAGCAGGCGGAUCUGGUCAAACGCUACGGCGGCUUCAUCAAGAGGAUCGACAAGAACAAGAACAAAAUAUUCACCUCUCCGUGGCGCGACAAUUACAUCCUAAAAGGUGCCUCGCUCCCCAAGAAAUAUGAGCUCUUUUUGAAGAAGCUGGAAGAUAGAGACGCAGAUACAGCGGAGCAGGCAGACGACACGGAGGAUCACAUCCUCCGUGGUUAUGUUAAACGUUACGGCGGCUUUUUACGGAAAUUCGGCCCAAAGUCAAAGAGAAGUAGUUCCGUGGAGCAGGAGGACCAGGAGCCCGAGGAGCUACAGAAGCGCUACGGAGGCUUCAUGAGGAGAGUCCGACCAAAGUUGAACAACCUGAAGUGGGACAAGCGGUACGGAGGGUUUCUGCGCCGUCACUUCAAAAUCUCUAUGCGCUCAGUGGAGGAGCCCUAUUUCUCCUAUGACGAGCUGACCCUAUAGACACAGUCGUAGGAGAACUCAAAGGAACUUGCACAGGUUUACUUGAAAUGCCAUAAUUGAAGUAUCAUAUGCCUGCUGAGCUCGCCUAGAUUCGGCUGCCUUCUGUGUAACAUUUGUGUAAUUUGCAUCAUCGCCUUUCCUUCAAUAAAUGCUUGUUUAAUAAAAUCAUAAAUA